AUGCAAUUGGCGGAAUUUUGCAAAAUGCACAGACCUUUAAGUGUCAUAACAAUGCUGAUAAAGUCUGAUGUUGAGGCAACAUCAUUGGCUUCUGACAAUGACGAUUCUGAUUCAAGUGAUGAGUCUGAAGAUGAGAGCAAAGUUGAGGUUGCCAGUGUUAAAAAUUUUGAAGACAUGGUUGCUUCUGAAAUACUUGCCUUUGUAGUUGCUUCUUUGAAAAUUCAUAAAAUGUAUCAAACAAGCCAAUUCAUGGCUCUAUUUGACGUUAUCUUUCAGGUGUUUUACUUGGUCCAAGCAGGUGGAACUGCUAUGCUGAAAUUCUUCCGCCAUUUUCUUGUUGCCUUUGAUAAGAAUACUGAUCUCACACUCACCGUUGAUGUGUUAAAGACUAUGACCAGAUUCAAUUUUAUGACACAAAGCAUUGUCAAAUACACCAUCUGCAAUAAGUGUUUUGCAAUUUACUUACCAGGCAAUCACCAACCAAAUUGCACAUUCGAAAAAUACACAACUACACCACCAGCAUACUGCGUAAACCCUCUUUUCUUUGACCCAGAAGUUGAUCACCCCAUCCCUCUCAUGGUUUUUCUGUAUAACUUCCUCAAGAAUUCCAUUGCACAGCAUUUUGCCAAACCUGGGUUUAAGUGUCAAAUCGAGAUGAAUGCCAUAUACGCCGAUAUGUGGGCUUGUGCAGAAUCAAAUGCAGAAAGAGCAGAUUUUGAGAAGCAAAAUGGCAUGCGGUUUUCCGAGUCGCAUCAUUUGCAUUACUUUGAUCCCGUUUGGUGCAUAAUUGUUGAUCCCAUGCACAAUUUGUUUCUUGGGACAGCAAAGCAUAUGAUCAGUGUUUGGAAAGACCUUGGCUAUCUCCCUGCUGCUGUUCUUGUCCGCAUGCAACGCCUUGCUGAUGAUAUUAUUGUUCCUUCUGGGUAUACUGUUUUGUCUGCAAAAAUCGAAUCGGGCUUCCCAUAUAUAAAGACUCUCUUUGUCAAGGCAUGCCAAAAGUUGACUGGUCCAUUAGUCACAUACUCAGAAAUUGACAGUGCACACCAGCUCCUUGGAGAAUUUGGAAAAGAAUGCAAGAUUCUUUAUGGAAAGAGUAGCAUCACGCCAAAUAUGCAUUUGCAUAUGCACUUGCAUGAGUCGAUGCUUGACUUUGGUCCAGUGUAUGCAUUCUGGUUGUAUAGCUUUGAGAGAUACAACAGCAAGUUGAAGAACAUAAAGACAAACUGCCGAAAUGGUUUUGAGGUUACAUUCAUGAGAGUAUUUCUGGAAAAGACAUUUAUCAGCACUUUUCUACAUGCAUAUUCCACCAACCUUUUGCCACCAAUGAUACAGUUUCUUGAGAGCAUUGCCCAAGUUACAUUGCCUUUGACUAUGAUGAAGGAUGAUCACUAUCAGUGGUUAUUUGAAUUCUAUGUCAAGGCUUACCAGAGUACAAGUGUUUCCUUCUGUGUGGUAGGGAAAAUCCCAAUUGGUGAGGAUGUGUUUGUGAACAAUUGGAUUCAAAAGGUGAAGAAGAUUCCGUUGCUGGGGCAAGAAUACUGCAGCAGUGAAAAGAAGAAGUGCGAGUCUUUUGUGAGGGUUUUGUUUCUUGGGAGAACAAAUGACAAUGUAUCUGAAUUCCCUGAUCAAAUAGAGUACACUGGAAAAAUGACCUGA